AUGGCUAUAUGUGCUUUAAAUGUACUCAAUAUAAUUUGGGAAACCUCCGAUUUGGCCACGGGGAUUGCAGUGGUUUUCUUUGUAACUAUAUUACAAGCCACUGUUAUAGAGAUCCCUCUUCAAACAAUUGCAACUUUGAUCAUGGGUGGCCAUAGACGGGAAGUAAUGACAGGAAACGGAAGUAACUUAUCUGCAAUUAUUAACUACAAUCUUUUAGCUCAUUCUAAGGAGGAUAUAGAAGAGUGUUUUAAGUGUAUGUACGAUGCUUACAUGGGAAAUCUAUCGCCAACAAUUUCGGCUGUGUUGGUUAGUGCUACUUCCGGAAGAAGAUUAAGAGAACAUGAAUUUUACAUGAGAGAUUUCUAUAGGGUUCUUAUCUUCGAUGUCUUAUACACCGAAGGACUCUCCUUUUCAAGAGGAGAUUAUAGACUAGUACAUCCAACUAGACUGGAAAAAUUUUGGUCUUGGUAUAAGCAUAUAGAAAAAUCAUACUUUGUAAAUGACAUUUUAAGAAAACUUUGUGAUACGCGAUGCGAGGAGUUCAUGUUGGUUCAAAGAAACAGUCGAGUUUUGAAAAAAUGCGGACAAUACCAGGACCUUAUGCUUUUGUCUAAUGGCGAAAGUUCUGCUUUCACAUAUUGCGACCCGUCCUAUUACGGCAGUUUCGCCCGUGAAGAGGGUGAACCUCUUUUUCUUCCGCAAAAAGACGUGGACAAUAUAUGUGGAAGGAAGUUUGACUAUACUGUAGUAGCAGAUGGUGACACUGGAAUUCCUGCCGGGAUCAUAUUUACACUUUUGGAUGUUGCGCACGCGAAUCCUGACCGUGGGAUUAUCCAACCUUCUGUAACGAUGGAAUGUCUGUCUCCAGCAGAGGAUACAGUUUUUAUGUACUUGGAAAUGGCAAGACACACCCUGUACGAACCUAUGACCAACGCUAUCAACGCAAUGUUAGAUAGGUGUUCAUUUUAUGGCAAAGGUCUUAUCUGUAACUCCAUGUACAUAAAUAAUGUGAUCGGAAAAAGGGGUGAACUGAUCGAACUUGUUCCAAUCGAUAUUCUCAGCCAUGAUACAUACGAAGCUACAGUCAUGAAUCCACUGUACGUCAGUGCAGUUUCCUUCUCAGAGCAACCACCUCUAAACUACAUCACGUGGAAUAUUCGGGAAAGACGAUGGAAUAGAGGAGAAAUACUAAACGCAAUGUACUUCUGGGAAUGGUUUGUAGGAAUACCCAUAAGAGGACUUCAGCGAAUCUUCAGGAGAAAAGAGUAUGUUAAAACUAAGAUACGGACUCCUCUGAAAAAUGACUUUGUGUCAUCAUACGUUGCACAUUCACCGCUACGGCAGAUGUUGAUGAAGCCCUUUCUUCUCGUCUACAUUCUCAUCCACGUCAACCUCAACCUUAGGUACCAAUGGACCCCUAUCAUCGUUAUUCUCUUUCUGAUCGUCGUCUUUCCGAAGUUUGCGGUAUGUACAAGAUACAACUUUAAGUUCGUUCUUGCGGAAACUUUUGUAUCCCUAAUGCAGUUCACACCAGAAGCCAUCGUUGGAUGUGUGCGUAUUGUUCGAGCAUUUCAUGCAAACAUAUCUGCUCACGUACAUUGGGUUCCUUCGAGACAAGUGGAAAGCGAAUUCAAGGAGUCCAACCCUUUUCUGAAGUCAUUUAUUCACCUAGGAAUAUAUUCUGUCGUCGCCGUAGCCAUUGCUAUAACAGUUUUCUUCAUCCGCCCAGACGGGGUUCUAGCAUACGUUUUAUUAGCUGCUGUGUUUCUACUUCCGUUAUUCGCCGGAUGUACAGCUAUUCGCUACAAAACACUGGAGUCAUUCAGGUGUAGAUGCAGUAGAAACAUCAGAUAUUUCGGAAGGACGCAUGGGCGUGUUGACCCAGAGACUGACCUUUGGGUUACAAGGCUGCCAGACGUCUACACCCGAGGAUCUAAUACUUCCUCUUACACUACAACCACAGCUUCAUCCCUGCGCUAG